CUGAGAGCGGGUUUGGCGAUGGUGCUAGGGAGGGUUCAGGCCAGCGGACUGCUGGGGGCGGCGGAGUUGCUGGCCGGGCUGCUGAGCCGGGGAUGGGCCUGUGUGCCCAGGCUGGGGCCCUGCACCGCCCCCUGCUGCUGGUUGUCCUGGUGACGCUGAUGGGCAGCCUGCUGCUGUGGGCAAACCGGCGCCACCUGCUGCUGUGGCUGGAGAGGCAGGAGCUGAGGGUGGGCAUCCUGCUCUUCACCCUGGCAUUCACCCUCAUCUCCUUCCCCUGGAGCUGGGGAUACACCCUGCUCAGCCUGGCACCCGGGUACCUGUAUGGCUUCCAGCGGGGGCUGGCAGUGGUGGUGUUGGGGGUGGUGGUGGGCACCCUGUUGGCUCACCUUGUCACCAAGCGUUGCCUGCUGGCAUACAUGACCACCCUGGUGAGAGGGAAUGCCAAACUCAGCACCAUCGUCCGAGUGCUGGAUGGGACCAGCGGACUAAAGGUGGUCUUCCUGGCGAGGCUAACGCCCAUCCCCUUUGGACUCCAGAAUGCAGUCUUCGCUAUCAGUAAGUUGGAGACGGUACAAUAUUUGGCAACCUCCACUAUAGGUCUGUUGCCCUCUCAGAUCCUCAACUCUUACCUGGGCAGCACAGUUAGGACCUUGGAAGAUGUGGUGAAUCAUCGAGGUGUGGAGGGUUACUUGGCAUUUGCACUACAGAUCUUCAUCAGUGUUGUCAUGAUGCUAUACUUUGUGCACCGAGCUCGUCAGGAACUGAACAAGACCAUCGAGGCACACAAUGCCAACCAGCCAGAGUGUGAAGCUCUCCUGUACAAUGAGAAUGACAUACACAGCACCAAAAUAACUGAUGUUCCACUAGACAUGGACCUCGUGUGACCAGCAAAGUUCAACAAGUUGCACUGAAAUAUGAAAGCUGAUGUGCACCUGGUGUGGAAGGGGUAGGUGAGACGUGAGGUGGCAGACAUUCCCAUAAUGAAUGGCCAUCAGCAUACCCGUUGUUGGGUGCGGCAGAUCUGUGGGUUAACAACUGGAUUGGGUAUUGAUACUGGAGAGUCCUUCUUUGAAGGUGAGCAGCAGAAAAGGACCUGUGGGCACAGCUGAAAAUGGACUAUAUGCUGGUGCUUGCUAAUUUUUGAAUUAAAAGCUUCUGGAUGACUGGUGCAGGAUGACAAGAGGUACUGCACUUCUCGUGAAAUGUGAACACAUAGCUGUGUGGCCACUGUUCUCAUAGGAUGGGGUCCAUGCCCAGCAUUAGGAGUGGUCAGUCUUAUAGUUGGUAAUCGAGCCUGUACUGUGCUCGGUCAAUAGGGAUUUUUCUGCCCAUGGGAACAAAAAGGGCUCUGCUGAAACUGUUAGCGAAUUCACUGAAGGUGAUGUGGAAAUGUAUGCACAAUACUAUUGGAGUGGAGAACCAUCUGGCUCAACAGAUUGGUGCCUUACUCUUUUAGCUCUGGGAACUGGAGCUGAAUCCGGCUUUGAGUAGUGGGAUUAAAAACACCUCGCCGCCACUGCUUGUAAAAACUCUAUAUGGGUGCCUACCCAGUUUCAUCGGGGCUUGAGCUCAAGGCGCAAAAUGGCCUUGUACAAAUGUGACAAUCUUGAUCAGAUUAUCAAUAUGAGCAAUGUGGAAAAUGAAAAAAUGGUUCAUUGGGGACCCUCCUCCAGUUUCUAACCCAGGUUGUAACAACCCUGCGAGUUUUAGGUGGAAUGUUGUAAAGGGAGGUUCACUCUGCCUCUAAGCACUCCAGUCCGUGUAUUGCAGACCUGGUUGCUCAACACUCCCAUCCAUCCAUCCUUCCAGUCCACAACUAGCUUCUGGGCAAUCUCAUCCAGACUUCAUGAUAAACACUGCCACUCAUUUGGUGAUGACUUCACUUCUAACAUUUUUAAGAAUAGCUUCUCAUACUCAGUGGCCACAAUGCGUGCGGUGGACAAUAGCUACUAAAUUAAAAGUGCUGCACUUUGUUGCAGCAGCCAAUAAUGAAGGUUUAAUUUACAGUAAUGAAAUGCUGAGUAUUUGCAGUGUCUGCCUGGAGCCAGUUCUAGGUCGUUGCAUCGAUUGGGAGAGCCUCUUUGGAACAGUUACCUUCAAAGGUCCUUAGGCUUCAGUAAACCUGGUCAAAGACUUAACAGAAGCAUAGCUUUUUGUAAAAGUGCCUGACGUUUUCUAUUGAUAUUGAUCAUGACACCAGCAAUGUU